CAGAUGAUACGAUGACAUUUCACUGAGCCAAAACAAUAACAAAUGUUUGUCUGAAUUUUUGAAUUUUAUCAAUUUUAUCUUGUUUUUCUUAAUAUUCUUAUCUUGCUAACUAAUUAUAAAGAUCUCAAACCCUCUCAGUCCUUUGUAAAAGAAUAAUUGAUCAUUAAUUGUAUGAAAAAUGAGCUUAAAGCUAAGUGAAAUCAGUUGUGUUCAAUGGUUUGAAGAUAUUGAAAAGCAUAGAUGCGGAUACUGCAAUCAGGAGAAUACUAGUAUAUCCAAUGGUAUGUGGGCACAUUCCCUCACUGUCGACGACUAUCAAAAUUUGAUCGAUCGAGGAUGGAGAAGAUCAGGCAUGUAUUGUUACAAACCGGUGAUGGCAGAGACAUGUUGUCCGCAAUAUACCAUCAAGUGCGAUGUCAAGAAUUUUUCGUUAAGCAAAUCGCAAAAAAAGGUCAUCAAGAAAUUCAACAAGUUUUUGGAAACUGACAUUCUGAACAAAAAAGAUAUCUCUACAGAAGAGGGGAAUGACAGUGCGCAUAUUUUUAUUAGAGAUAAUCCAAACACUCAGAAUUUUGAUGUGAGUUCUGUCUAUGUAGAGAAUAAAGAAGAAGAAGAUGAACGAGAAUCGAGAGUGCCAAUAUGCGAUAGAGCUUUGGAAGAACCUUCACAAGAACAACAAGAUACACCUGGUGAAACAAAUAAUUGCAAUAAUACCGAAAAAAACACCCCCACAACGUCUUUGAGUAUAGGGGUUGGGCCAGACAGCAGCAAACCCCCCUGCAAAAAAGCUAAACUGAUGAGGUUAGAACGAAAAAAAGAGAAACUAUUGAAAAAAGGACUAACCAUAGAGAAAAAAAUGAACUCGAACCAAAAGAGCAUUGAACAGUUUCUGAAGGAAAUUCCAUCCAAUGCAAAACACCGAUUGAAGAUACGUUUGAUUCCAACUAGUAUUCCUAACGACGAAUGGAAACUAGCGGAACAAGCAGAAUUUCAGUUGUACAGGCGUUAUCAAAUGACUAUUCACAACGAUCCGCCUGCCAAAUUGGAGUUGACAAAAUUUCGAUCAUUUUUAGUGAAAUCUCCGAUCAAGCCGAAAGAGUUUCCCAAAGAUGUUGAUGGUCCUGGUUACGGUUCUUUUCACCAGCAGUACUGGUUGGAAGACAAACUGAUAGCUGUGGGUGUUUUGGACAUACUGCCGAAAUGCGUCAGCUCGGUUUACUUCUUUUACGAUCCCGAGUACAGGAGUUUGACGCUGGGAACUUACGGAUCUUUGAGGGAAAUAGAACUGACAAGAUCCCUCAGCGAAACCCUCCCAGAGCUCAACAGCUACUACAUGGGCUUCUACAUCCACUCCUGCCCCAAAAUGCGCUACAAGGGCAAACUUUCGCCAUCCUUUCUUCUUUGCCCGGAAACCUACGAAUGGAUGACAAUCGAGAAAUGCCUAGCGAUUUUGGACGAAAAAAAAUACGCUAGACUCAACGAGAAUUUAGACGCCUUGGAUGAGGGUUUUCCUAGUCAGGAGGAUAUUUUGCAAAUUAGGGUUAUUUAUGAUGGUGUAUUCAUGCAUUUCAAGGAUUACAAAAGGAUGUGCGACGAACCAGGGUUGUUUAAGGAAAUUGCGGGUUUGGUAGGAAAACGUUGUUGUAGGAGCCUCGUUUUUUGGGAAAAUUUGAAAUAAUAGGUACCUAAAUGUCGUGAACUUCGUUUUCCAGACUUUCCGUGUGGAAUUGCACCGGGCUUUAUCGUUGUGAAUGGAAACCUAGUAGGCGAGGUAUAAUACUGUCUGUUCAGUGACCCGAAAUAUUCCUGCUUGUCAAUAACGGUGGUUUACUGAAAAAUGUCAAUAGCUUUUUUGUUUUACUUCGAUAUUUGUCAGUAAGGAAAAUUCUAUAGAUUAAAAAUUGUUCCUACAAUGGCGAAUAAUGAUCCAGGAUUUAAAAACUACAAACAAUUGGAUAUGGUUGGGAAAUAUGUGUUAGUUUCCUGUCCCAAAAUGCGCUACAACGGCAACCUCUCGCUAUCUUUUCUUCUUUACCCGGAAACCUAUGAAUGGAUGACAACAAUCGAAAAAUGCCUAACGAUUUUGGACGAAAAAAAGAAAACGCAAGACUCGACCAGAAUUCCGACACUUUGGAUGAGGGUUUUCCUAGUCAGGAAGAUUUUUUGCAAAUUAGGGUUAUUUAUUAUGGUAUAUUCGUGCAUUUCAAGGAUAACAAAAGGGUGUGCGACGAACCAGGGUGUUUAAGGAAAUUGUGAAUUUGGUAGGAAAACGUUGUUGUAGGAGCCUCCCUCGUUUUUCGGGAAAAUUUGUAAUAAUAGGUACCUGUAUAUCGGAAACUUCGUUUUUCAGACUUUCCGCGUGGAAUUGCACCGGGCUUUAUCGUUGUGAAUGGAAACCUAGUAGGCGAGGUAUAAUACUGUCUGUUCAGUGACCUGAAAUAUUCCUGCUUGUAAAUAGCGGUGGUUCACUGACAAAUAUCAAUAGCUUUUUUGUUUUACUUCGAUAUUUGUCAGUAAGGAAAAUUCUAUAGAUUAAAAAUUGUUCGUACAAUGGCGAAUAACGAUCCAGGAUAUACAAACUAAAAAAAAUUGGAUAUGGUUGGGAGGUAUGAGUUAGUUUCCUGGCCCAAAAUGCACUACAAAGGCAAACUCACGAAUGUAUUGGAAUCGAAAAAUGCCUGAAGAUUUUGGACAAGAAGAAGAACGAGCGUUAAAGUACUUUUUUAUCUCUUUUAGUUCUCGAAAUAUUCAGAUCAAAUUUGAAACAAAAGUUACCGUCUCAGGAUUCACAUCAUACAGUAUGCCGAGUGGAAGAGUGAUUGUAAGAUUCUACAGGGAGACAUUUUUUUCACGGGUAAAGCCCUUUUUCACUAAUCACAUAAACUUUUUUUGUAGAAAAUAUCAAUCAUAUCGAGCGAAUGACAAAAAAAUAUUUUAGGUUUGUCUUUCGAUAUGGCUGCAGAUGCGUGAAAAUCACAAGAGACAGAAAGUUCAUGAGCACUUCUAUUUUUGACGGUAAAUAAAAUUUUAAACAGCCUUGCUUGGGGGUUAACAUCAAAUCGACUGAUACAUUUCGAGUAAAUUCCCGGAGAAAUACGAUAAAUAUAUUCAAUGGGGUACAUUUGGUUUCAUUCCGAAAUAUUACAAUUAGAUGUACUUCGGAACAUGUCAUCCGGUAGAUAGAGAGAGAAAGAGAUAGAGAGAGAAAGACAUAGAAUAAAGAAAGAAUUAUAUCCAAGAUCAAUUUUCGGGUUGUACAAACUCAAUUAUAUUAAAUCGCCUUUAGUUUUCCAUUCAUGCCUUGAAUUGCACUUUUAUUGUGUUGAAAUAUGUGUGAUGUUUUCUGUAAUAAUUUAUUGCUGUACUUUGAAGUUAUACAUACAAUAUUAUAAUAUUUGACUUUAUGUCCUAUUUUUGCCACUGUAUCAGUCUUGAAAAUCUGAUCACGAAUUAUCUUGUGAUAUUGAUCUCACUAUUGAUUUUGUUGUUGAAGCAAUUAAUCAAUUAAAUAACCUCAAAUUUAUGCUUAUAUGUUCUAAUGGUUGAGGAUUGAGGUUCAGUUCAUUGUUAAAGAUCCUUGUGGUCACUUUUGUCAUGGAAUUUUGUCUUAAAAUUGUGAAAUAUUUGUUAAUCAAUAAUAAUAAUAUAAUAUUGAAAUUAAUUUAAUUACCUCCAUAAUGCCAUUUACGAUAAUAACACAAUUAUAUUUAUAGCAAUGUUAAUCGAGGAGGUGAAAUAUUUAUACUUAUAUUUUUUGUGAUUUUGUUUUCUCGUUAAAAAAAAUAAAAUUUGAGUUUUAUUUCAAUAUAUCUUGUACUAGUGGAAAAUCAGAAGAAUUUUUCCCAUUAUGUAACUGCAUAUGAAAUUUCACUACCUAUUGGAAAUUUUGGAGGAGACAUUUAGUCAAUAUUCAGUGACACUUUGUUGUUCAACAUAUUUGAAGACGAAUAAAGGUAUAUUGAAAAUUA